CAGGGCGGCACCGUCAGAUGACAAACGGUGUUUAACAUGGAGUAACAAGUGUGUGGAUGUGGUGAAGAGUCAGGUGAGCUCCAGGAAGCCAACAAUGACAAAGUGAGUCCUGUCAAUGGCAAAACGGGUCCUCUCAGAUGCUCUGGACGAGCCCGGGGAUGACGACUCGAAGCGCUUCAAGUGGAACCCCCUUAAAGAUUUAUCAGUCAUCCCAAAGAACCAGCUGGAGAAUGCAAACACACCAACAGAUUGAAGUGGGAAGCAGGAGCCUCACCACCCAGUAUGGAAGCGUCGUCUACAUGCCUCAGCUGAGCAAUGUUCAUGCAAACCAGAUCAAUUUCACUGUCGCCAACACGCCUGUGGACGUCAGUGAUGUUGGAGAAGCUUCAGCAUCCUCUUCUCAGUCUGAAGACCUGAUUGUUCCAGUGCCAAAGAACCGACACAUCUCAUUCUACCAAGAACUGCUUCAAUCAUACCUCCAUGAUAAGUUCAUGUGUGCACAAGAAGGGUUGAUGGAAAAGACGGAUGAGCAGCGUCUGGAUGAUAUCUACACAGAGCUGUACAUCACAGCUGGAGGUGAUGUACACAUCAACACACAGCAUGAGGUCACACAGAUUGAGGCAAAGAGGAAGCCAGCAGAUAAAGAGAAAACAAUCAAACCUAGUGAUAUGUUCAAACCCCCCUCUGGAAGAUACAGGCCUACAAGAACAGUGCUGACCAGUGGAACUGCAGGAAUUGGAAAAACAUUUCUUGUGCACAAGUUUGUGUUGGACUGGACUGAAGGAAGAACCAAUCAAGAUGUGCAUCUUGUUUUCCCCUUCACCUUCCGCCAGCUGAAUUUAUGGAAAAGAGAGAAGUUGUGUUUGGCAGAGCUCAUUCAUAAACGUAUCAGGGAGACCAAAGACAUCACGAGAGAAGCUCUUAAUUACAUCUUUACAACUCUGCAGUCAUCAGGAAACACCAACUUUGACAAGAGCAGGUUCAAACUUCUCUUUGUGUUGGAUGGACUGGAUGAGAGCCGCCUUCAACUGGACUGUUCUAAUAAUGAAAACCAGGAGGCAGACUUUGAUGUGACAGACUUUGAUGUGACAGAGUCGAUCCCGGUGGAUGUUCUGGUAACAAACCUCAUCAAGAAGAAUCUGCUUCCCUCUGCUCGCCUCUGGAUAACCACACGACCUGCAGCAGCCAAUCAGAUCCAUUCUGAUUUUGUGGACAUCAUGACAGAGGUUAGAGGAUUCACUGACCAGCAGAAGGAGGAGUACUUCAGGAAGAGAUACAGAGAUGAGGAGCAGGCCAACAGAAUCGUCUCCCACAUCAAGAAAUCACGAAGCCUCCACAUCAUGUGCCACAUCCCAGUCUUCUGCUGGAUCACUGCUACAGUUCUGAAGACCAGAGAGGAAGGAGAGCUGCCCAAGACCCUGACUGAGAUGUACACAGGGUUCUAGAAGUUUCAGGUUCAUCAGAUCAAAAAGAAGUACGGCCAAAAAAAGUGCCUUCACUACGUUAAAUCAUUAGCAAAACUGGCUUUCCACCAACUGGAAAAGGGCAACCUGAUCUUCUACGAGAGAGAUCUCAAAGAGAGUGGCAUUGAUGUCAGUGGAGCCUCGGUGUGCUCAGGAGUGUUCACAGAGAUCUUCAAAGAGGAACGUGGGAGGAAGAAAGAUGAAGACAAGAUGUUCAGCUUUGUACAUCUGAGUGUUCAGGAGUUUCUGGCUGCUCUUCAUGUCCACCUGACCUUCAUCAACUCUGGUGUCAAUCUGAUGGCAGAAGAACAAACAACUUCCUGGUGGUGGCUUCCAUUCAGAGAAAAGCCUGUACUAAUACCAUUCUACCAGAGUGCUGUGGACAAGGCCUUAAAGAAUCUAAAUGGACACCUGGAUUUGUUCCUCCGCUUCCUCCUGGGUCUUUCACUGGAGACCAAUCAGAGUGUCCUACGAGGUCUGGUGGCACAAACAGGAAGUAGCUCAGAGACCAAUCAGGAAACAGUCCAGUACAUCAAGAAGAAGAUCAGUGAGAAUCUGUCUCCAGAGCAAAGCAUCAAUCUGAUCCACUGUCUGAACGAGCUGAAGGAUCGUUCUCUAGUGGAGCAGAUCCAACAGUACCUGAGUUCAGGAAGUCUCUCCACAGAUAAAGUGUCCCACACUCAGUGGUCAGCUCUCGUCUUCAUCUUAUUGUCAUCAGAGGAAUAUCUGGACGUGUUUGACCUGAAGAAAUACUUCCCUUCAGAGGAGAUGUUGCUGAGGCUGCUGCCAGUGGUCAAAGCCUCUAACAAAGCUCUACUGAGUUGCUGUAACCUCUCAAUGGCAAGUUGUAUGGCUCUGUCCUCAGUUUGCCUGUUCUCCAGUGUGAAAGUGGUGGACCUGAGUUACAACAACCUGCAGGAUUCAGGGGUGAAGCUGCUCUUUGAUGGACUUAAGAGUUCAGACUGUACACUCAAGACUCUCAGGCUGAGUGGCUGUAAUCUGUCAGAGAGAAGCUGUGAAGCCUUGUCCUCAGUUCUCAGAUGUCGGUCCUCUACUCUGACAGUGCUGGACCUGAGUAACAACAACCUGCAGGAUUCAGGAGUGAAGCUGCUCUCUGCUGGACUACAGAGUCCACACUGUACACUGGAGACUCUCAGGUUGAGUCAGACGAGGCUUACAGAAAAAUGCUGUCAGGAGUUCUCAUCAGUUCUCACCUUCCAGUCCUGUAUUCACAAAGAGCUGGACCUGAGUGACAACAACCUGCAGGAUUCAGGAGUGAUGAUGCUCUCUACUGGUCUGGAGAGUCCACACUGUACACUGGAGACUCUCAGGCUGUCAGGCUGUCUGAUCACAGAGGAAGGCUGUACCUCUCUGGCCUCAGCUCUGAGAUCCAACCCCUCCCAUCUGAGAGAGCUGGACCUGAGCUACAAUCAUCCAGGAGACUCAGGAGUGAAGCUGCUGAUGGAUGGACUGAAGGAUCCACACUGGAGACUGGACACUCUCAGGUUGGAACAUGGUGGAGAGCAGAGGCUGAAACCAGGUCUGAGGAAGUAUGCCUGUGAACUCACAGUGGACAUGAACACAGUAAACACACACCUCAAACUGUCCGACAACAACAGGACGGUGACAGCAGUGAGAACGAGGCAGCCAUAUCCUGAUCAUCUGGACAGAUUUGACUACUGGCCUCAGCUGCUGUGCACAGAUGGUCUGACUGGUCGCUGUUACUGGGAGGUGGAGUGGAGAGGAAGAGUUUAUGUAUCAGUGAGUUACAGAGGAAUCAGGAGGAAAGGAGACAGUCACGACUGCUGGUUUGUAGGGCAUGAUCAGUCCUGGAGUCUGUGGUGCUGUGAGGAUGAAGGUUAUUUUGUCUGUAGCAAUAAGAGAAGACUAACCCUCCCUUCCUCCUCCUCCUCCUCUUCCUCCUCUGUCUCUAACAGAGUAGCAGUGUAUGUGGACUGUCCUGCUGGCACUCUGUCCUUCUACAGAGUCUCCUCUGACUCACUGAUCCACCUCCACACCUUCAGCACCACCUUCACUGAGCCUCUUUACCCUGGCUUUGGGUUGUUAUCAUACAGUUCCUCAGUGUCUCUGUGUUCACUGCCUAACCUUUAUGCCCAGGCCAGAAAUCUUGGUUUCAUCUUUGAACAAAUGAACACAGUCGUGAAUCUGCGCUUUCACGAAACAGUUGGUAGCACAGCUUUCACAUCAAAAUGGAAGUGUGCCAUUAUCUAAUGUGUUGCAUUUUUAAGACCAUACGAAGGUCCCAGGUCAUGCCAGGUCAUGCUAACGGUAGCUAACGAGGCUCCAUUGACUUGCAUGUUAAGUAGCUAGCAGGCUAGCGAGGUAGCUGGCUUUGUUGGUGUAUUUUGCGGUCUAUGGUUUAAUUUAAAAAGUAAUAAAUCUGAAGUACGUCACACAUGAACUCUUUAAACACUAACCUGUUCAGAGUUUAACGUUAUGUUAUUGCCAACACAGCAGACUUUUUUUUUUUUUUACAUGUGUGCAGAGCAGACUGCUGCAGUAUAGGAAAAAUACACAGGACUAGUAUGAAUUAUGUGGUUCAUUCAGAAGUGUCAGAGGACUGAGCUGUUGUCCAUGUGCUUAUUAUGUUAAUCCCUGUGUUGUUUCUUGCACUCUCUGUAAAGAAAAUAAUGUGCUAUACAAAUAAAUUUGCUUUGCAUUGCAUUACCUUGCCUUUGUCUGACCACAAACAUAUGUUGGAUGUUUUGGUACAAACAAAUUACAGUGUUACAGUGACGUUGAGAAAUGGGUCUGUAUUUGUUACUCUUAUUUACAGCAGUUACAGAAAGUAUGGCCAAACAAUAUUUUUCCAUGCUUGAAAUUACUUAAACUAAAACACUAAUUUAGAUGGAGUGUGAUGAACAUCUUGAGUAUCAGUAUCUAAGAGAAGUGGAGCUGAGGCUUUGUCAAAUCCACCUCUGAGGUGGGAUCCAAAUAAUCCUGAAAUUUGGUAUCAAAUUGAUCCAGAUCUCUACCUUAAAGGGAAAUUCCAGUUUAUUUCAACCUGUCUCCUAUCGUCCUAAAUUUGUUUCAAG